AUGGGUCAUUUAAAAUCUCUUGACACUGACGAUCCAUCUCAGCAUGGAUGGACUUUCCACACUGAACGUGCAGGAGUACGAAUAUAUUCCAAGCGCCUACCAGGUGAAUCCAUUCCUACGUUUAGGGGAGAUGGAUGGAUUGAUGGAAACUGGUCAUUGGAAGAUAUUGCUGCUGUUAUAAGAACACUAGGGGCUAGGCAGAUAU